CUGCCUGAGAUGAUCUUGCUGCUGAUGGAGAAAAUGGAUAAAUAUGGACAAAGUGGGGCUGAAGAGUCAGAUGGAGCAAAUUUCUUCCUUUAAUCCAGACAUAUUGAGGCCUCAAAUGCAUUCUUCUGUAAAUCUUCCAGAUCAUGUUUUUGAUGUUUGAUUCUUGUCUCUGCCAUCACUGUUUUUAGUCUGUGAGAUUUGGAAAUGAGAGGUUUAUUAUUCAAAGGUGUAUUUGUGGCUUUAAGGUGAGUCAACAGCUUAAGGAGGGAGACACGUUUCUAUUUAGAUCUGCUUCAAAUGUAAUGAUGGACUGGGCUUUCAGGACAGCACUCCUGAACGUGUGCAGAAACGAGCAGAGGGCCUGUUGCAGAGAGGACGCUGCAGUCCUGUUCCCAUGCACGUGGUUUAAAGUCGCGCUCGCUCGCGCGCGCGCCUUGUCCUCUGGCAGCUUGGCCAGGAGGAGGUAGAGCUGCAGACCGACUCCCGGCUCCUCUUUUAUUCCACGCCGCUCUGCGCUCUGACAGAUCCGCGCUGAUAUCAGAUUGAUGGGCCGGUUUGAUUGAAGUCUCUUUGUCGCGCUGAUGUCACGGCGAGUGAUGGAUGAGGCGCGUGCGCCGCUAUUGACGCGCGCGCGCACCAACUUCACUCAUGAGCCGAAAACGACCCAUUCCCCUCCUCCUGUACGCACACACACUAACACUGGGGUGACCAGCUGACAACUUCUGGCCUGGUCACCAUAGGCGACGAGACACGUGACUCGCGACAGAGGUAGAUGAGAAGAAAAGAAGAAAGAGGAGAGAGGAGUGAAAGAGGGAGAGAAGUCCAAAACAGAAUUUGGAGGAAACUUUGGGUGAUGGCGGAGUGAAAACAGGACUCAGGUGAAGACGUGGAUCAGCUGUCGCGCUCCUUUACGCACGGACACAGCAGCGGGGACGUGCCUGUUUGGGAUUAAGGGUCCAUUUGUUCUGGAUGAUGACCAGAUCUAGUGAUAACAUUUAAAAUAAAUGUGAUUUUUAUUUUGGAUUCGCAGCUCCCUUCUUGUUGGGGCGUUUUUAUCCGAAUUUAGCUUGUAAAUAUUUUAAAUGGAUUUUGCUGACUUUGACCCGGACCUCUGGGUUCCCGCUUCUUGCUGAGACUCCGUCCAGAACCUUCAGCACCGCGUCUGAGGCCUGCAUGGAAAACAUGAACUCCUUUGUGGAGUUCUCCAUCUGUAAUCGCCAGGGAUCCGGAGGUUACGCUGCGCCCAAAGCUGGAUACUCUCACCCGCUGCGUCACCACCUUCCGCUGGAUCAGCACCACGCCUUCUCGGUGACCCCCGGCGCCCUCCACCCGGGCCUGAAUGUGUCCUCCAUCCCGGUGGCUGCGGGUGGAGAUAGUGGCUACACCGCGGAUGGAAGGAUGUACGGGAGCGGUGCGGAGGGCGGGGGGGGCCACGAGCACGGAGGAGCGAGCCAUCUGGAUCCGCAGCAUCCUUCCGAUCUGGAGCAGCAGCAUCACCCCUACAACGGCUACCACCACCCCCACCACCACCAUCAUCAUCCAAACCUCCAGCAGAACCAAAGCCCCCAGACUGCACUGCUGUCUUACUCCAGCGGGGAUGGGGGCAACACGGGGGUCUUUGCGACCCAAGCGUGUCCUACAAACUCGGAGUUUGUGGCGGGUCACCCGAACUCCCUUCACCCGCAGUACUUCAUGGAUGACUCCGUGGCCUCCUCCUACUAUCAGCAGCCCAGCUUCCCGAGCGCGGCCCCCGCCGUAGGCUCCAGCUACGGCGCUCUGUCCGGGGCCUACUGCGGGCCUCAGGGCACCCCUCCCGCCUCUCAGUACCCGCAGCAGUUAGGCGGGGGGUUGGACGCCAUGGGCUACCUGACGCUCCCGCACCCAGGAGGCUAUGGAGACCUCCCUCCGUCCCACGACCGAGGGAGGGGGGACGAGGAUGAGGCGCAGGCCGGACAGGGACAGACCUUCGAGUGGAUGAAAGUCAAGAGGAAUCCGCCAAAAACAGUUAAAGUCUCUGACUUCGGCGUGCACAACAGCGCCAUGCGCACCAACUUCACCACGCGGCAGCUGACGGAGCUGGAGAAGGAGUUCCACUUCAGCAAGUACCUGACGCGCGCGCGGCGCGUGGAGAUCGCCGCCACCCUCGAGCUGAACGAGACGCAGGUGAAAAUCUGGUUCCAGAACAGGCGCAUGAAGCAGAAGAAGCGCGAGAGGGAGGGCGCCAGUGCGCGCGCGUCCUCGUCAUCCUCGUGCUCGGAUACCUGUGGCGGCUUCACCACCAAGGAGGCGGAGGACACGGACCAGUCCUCCCUGUCCACGUCUCCAGGCGCGUCCCCGAGCUCAGAAACGUGAGACAUUACAGAAGCCCCGACCAUGAUGCACCUGCAGCAUGCACGCGCACGGGCCUCACACUGUCUGAACACAGUGGAUCAUAAAUGCCUUAUACGUGUUUUAUGAGUCCAAUACCCGGAAAAUGAAAAGAACUUUGAAUCCGAACA